CGGUGGAUCCGGAGGCGGGCGGGGGACGAGGCGCGGAGGGGCUCUGUGGGAGCCGCAGCCCUCCCGGUAGCCCUCCCACCGCCACCAUGAGGAGCGAGCCUCUGGCGCAGGCGGCCUCGCUGCUGGAGGAGGCGACAGACCUGCUGGUGUUGCACCGGGACUUCGCCGCAGCUGUGGAGAGGUGUGAAGCGGGCUGCGACAGCUUGGGCCCCGGGACCGGCCCCGAGAGUUCUGCAGAAGUGAAAUGCUCCCUCUGUGUUGUGGGGAUUCAGGCGCUGGCUGAGAUGAACCGGUGGAGAGAAGUUCUGUCAUGGGUCCUACAGUAUUACCAUGUCCCUGAACAUCUGCCUCCAAAAGUUCUGGAACUGUGUAUCCUGCUGUACAGCAAAGUGAGAGACCCCCAGGUGAUGCUGGAGGUUGGCAGCAGCUGGCUGACAGACCAAACCAACAAGAGCCUCCCUGAGUAUGGUUCCUUGCUGGAGCUCUAUCUGUUGCAUGUGUUGCUUCCACUUGGCAGGUUUGAGGGAGCAGAGGAGCUUGUACGUGGCUGUGGUGUUUUUGAUAGCCAGCAGCAGCUAGCAUUUCUCGGGACCAUUUGUGAAAGCCGAUGUCAGUGGGCUCAACAGGAAGAGAUGCACUUGGCUGCUGAAGAACAGCAAGAUGCAGCGACAGAAACUGUUUUGGGUGCUUUGUCCCAAAAGCUCUUGACCAUGUUGACAUUGCUGCGUAGAGCACUGAGGUCCAUGUCAAGUCAUUUCUAUUUAUUUCCUUACAAAAAGAUGCUCUUGGCUACUUUUCUGCUGUAUCUGGUGGUGGUGAGAUUAGAUCCAGCUUCCCCUACAUCGCUGCCAUUCAUUUACAAACUGGUCCAGCUCUUCCGACAGGCUUGGGCAGCUGUGUUUUCUCCAAUCCACAGGCCUCCAAUUCAAGACUAGGUGUCUUCCAUCACAGAAGUCAUCGCAUCACAUGUGUUUUUCUCUGCUUCUGUAAAGGCAUCAGCUUGUCUUGAGGAUGUAAUCAGGCUCGCUCUUCAAGGACUGUUGAAAUCAGUGUCCUAAUUGAGAUGACCACUUGUGAACUCCUGUGUGGCUAUACCUUCAUUUCUUCAGACAGGGAAUGGUGAUGUGUGGAUCUUAAAACCACGACAACUCUUCGACAUUUUGCUUCGCACCAGUCUGUCAAACACCAGGGCAGAGCCCACUCCUUCUGUAAUCUACAACUGACUAAUAAUCCUCCUUUUCAAACACUUUGCUUUGGAUGUAGUUCUUGAGUGAGGGUUGUGUAGCAAAUUAACUACAGAAGAAAUUUUCAUCCUUGGGAAUGCUGGGCAGUUCUCUGAAUGAGUGAAAUAGGUUCCUGGAGGCAUGACUGUAGAAGGCAAUGGAGGGGAAUAUUUUGUUUUGCCUGGAGGCACCUGAAAAGCCCAGUUCCUGCAGCAUGGGAUUUAGGACAAGCAUGUGGAAGAAAAUCACUGGAGAAAGUGAAGCCUAUUGCAUAUGUUUUCUCUUGUGACUGAUGCCUCCUUGCGCAGGCGCUCUUGAUUUUAGUUAUAUUUAAGCCAGAAAGCCAAGAUGGUGGACCACAAGGACUGUUCUGUAUCUGCUCUUCUUAAAUGCAAAUAACAGCACUUUAUGCUUGCCUCAUGCAUAGUAGUUCUUAGGAGCAUGUAGUUGUGGUAAGGAAAUAGAUUUAUUUUUUUAAACUAUAUAUUAUUAUCUAGUUGAACAACAGAAUUUGUAGCACUGUUUUACUCUUUCCCUACCUCUUGCUUUGUUUCUAUAUGUCAAAAGGUCUCUGUGUCUAGAAUUGCUCCCUCUACCCUAAGUUUCUGAAGUCCUGGGUUACAUGGCAGCCAUUUAGCAAUGCUCUAUCAUUUGGAAUAAAAGUUUAUUAGUAGGUGGGAACAUACACUUCUCUGAGAUCCCAAAACAUUCCCCAGAUCUGUAGCAAGAAGAUUACUAUCUUUGCAGUAGAUCUGUCACUGACUGCCGCCAUUUCCAACCAUUUGAGGCAGAAAUUGGAGGCUUGACAUAGAACAUUCUUUUCUUACCCAUCCGUCUGUCCAUGCGUCCAUCCAUCAAUAAUGCCAUAUCCCUCCCCAAAGCUUUUGUCUCGGCUAGGACUUCACACCAGAAGUAGCACAUAAUGCUUCACCACAUUAAAGUUACUUCUUACAAACUCUGCUCGCAUAGGAAAGAGCUGCUCUUGAUAUUGCUAAAUGAUUCUUUUAAUCCAACCAUAAGUGUAGUUACUGCAGCCAGGUUACUCUGCAGCCAACAUUUGAUAGGAAAUCAGGUAGAAUAAAGCCCAGAAGAUCUGUCUGGAGUAAUUGCUUGAACAAGCUUGACUCAGUUGUGUCUAGUGGCCCCCCACAUUGCAAAGCCACACUUUAUGUCCUUUGUAAAGCCGUUAAUGAAACUGCAAACUGCACUCUGAAGUCAGGCCAAAUUCUGACCAAACUGUUUAGGUGACAACCAUUUUUUUGCUCUUGUUUUCUAUUAACAUUUUAAGUUAUAUGUCAAAGGUACAAUUUUGGAGGUUGGGACCAAUGGUCUGAGCAGGCCAUACGUUGUUUACAGACUGCUGUUAAAUGUCUUACCCAUUUGUUUACCAGGACUUAAACAUUCAAUUUGAUUUUUAAGUGUAGACUGGUAACCUUCUCUUCCUUUGAGUAUUACUGAUUUAGCAUUUGUAUUGUAUUUAGUCCUUCCUGAGAGGGCAAGAAGGCAGAAUUUUGCAAUUAAUAUUAAACCAGCAAUAUUUAAUUCUCACAAUAAAGUGACUACUGAUUUA